AUGAAUCCUUCAAAUAUCAGUACCUUAAAGAUCGCAACAAAAGUAGCCUUUAAUAGUGGAAUGAUUGCCAUCCUUGUUGACGAAUUUUUGCCUGAGAAGUAUCAAAGGUAGGACAUACAGCAUGUCAAUUAAUGUAAUUAUUUGUUUCCUGUAACUGGAAAUAACCUAUAGAUACAGAAUUAUACAAACAAAUUUUUAGGCACAUCUACUAUGAUCAGUAAAAGUAGAGUGGGAAUACAUGUAAUUUAUAAAUGGAACAGAACAUGAAAUGGGUAAAUAUGUAAGAGAAUAGUCAAACAGUAUUACUCCCACGUAAUAUCAACAUAUAUAGGUAAACCAUGAAGGUGACAGUUUGUGGUGACUAUAACACUAAAAAAAUUUCUUUUUUCCUUAGUUAAUGAAAAUGACCUUCUGUAUCACACCAUUCUGAUCAAUGCCAUGUACUGACUUUAUAUUGUAUCUUUGUAACAUUCUCUUUCAUAUUCGCGUCAUUUUAAUUUGACUUGCUUGUUGAAUAGGUUGAUUUUUACAAAAUAAUUAUUAAAAAGGACAUUUGGAAAUUUCAGGUAUGUGGAACUGAAUACAAGGUUUAGUGGAGGAUACAAGCGCUACAAUGAAAGCAUUCCAAAGUACCUCCAAGACAAACCACGCCAAUUUCUAAAGCCCUGUUUGGAAAGGAUCACAACCGCCAAAGACAUCAGGCCACAAUUUAUCAAAGAGGGAGAGAAAAGAGGAGAGUUUGUCAUUCAAUCAACCCAGACAAAGAACACCCGGUAUAAUUUAUCCUUUGGUGGAACUGAUCAUGAUGGCAUGCCACGAUGCAGUUGCCCAGAUUUUAGCUGCACUGGUUUCCUUUGUAAGCACUUCUUUGCUGUUUUUGAGCACAGGGAUGACUGGAAAUGGGAUGCUCUACCUAAAAGCUAUAGAGAAAACCCAUAUCUCUGUCUUGAUGAAAAGGGCUUGUCAUCUAACCCCAUAUCAAUUGAUGAAACAAGUCCUGAUCCAGAUUACUGGUUAAAUUGCAAUAUUGAUGAUGAGACAACCAUCACACUCUACGCAGAAAGUAAGAAAAGAAUCCUGCAGUUUAACUUCUGGCUUGCUGAUUCUGAGAUCCAUGCUGGUCGAAAACUUCUCAAGAAACAGCAUCCCUUUAUUACUGGUUUUCAUUCCCCAUCGAUUCGAGGUAACUCAAUUACGCCAGAGCCAUCUGAAUUUAUUCAGAUUAUAAAUACGGGUGUUUCUCACUGGGUUUGUCUAUCAACCAUUGGCUGUCCAUCAGGAACUGUUAAGAAGUUGUACAAUAGUAUUAGAUCCAGCUGCCCAAACAAAGUUCUCCUUGCACAUGCAUCAAGAAUGCUUUUCACAAAGGAGCAGUCAAUUACAUUUGUUAUUCCACCUGUCCAAGAACAGAUUGGACCAAAUGACCGUGGCAUUUUUGCACUGGCUUUUGCAACAUCACUUUGUCAAGGGAUACCUCCAGAAGAAAGGGAGUAUGAUCAAGGUUUAAUGAGAUGGCAUUAUGUGGAAUGUUUGGAACAGCUUGCCACUAAACCUUUUCCAGGUCACCAGAGACUACUCCCUCCAAAUGGAAAGAUGCUAGUGUAUGAAGUGAAGGUGUUUUGCAGUUGCCGUAUGCCAGAGGAUGGCAAGAAGUAA